AUGUCCGCUCAUUCUUCAUCAACAAUGCUGUGUAAGGAAAAACCCAACUACGCCCUUUUAUUUGUAUUUGUAUUUUGUCGUGCUCUCGAGUCAUCGGAUCCGUGUUUGUCUCAAUAUGACAUCAAGAGAAGGAUCCAAAACAGCAAACAACAUACCAUACCAGAAGCUGCGAAGAGUCUCAUGAUAAUCGAUGAGAAUAUAACAUUCAUCGAUGACAUUGAAGACGAAACUCAAGACAGCAAUAUGACAUCAACAGAAUCAUAA